AUGGCGGACGCUACCAGCAACACGAAUAGUGUGUGUAAAAAGUGUAAAUCUAAAGUUGUUAAUGGUUCAAAAUGUGCUAAAUGUGAAACUUAUUACCACGCAAGUUGUGCUCGCAGAGGUAAUGUGAAAACUAUCGAUGAUAAUGUAAUGGUUUGUUGUGAGAAUGCAAUUGAUGAUGAUCAUACCGCAUUCUUCGAUGCCAUAGAGAGCCUCUGAGAUGCCAAUACAAGAAUCGAUGUGAGUUUAUUCACAUACAUUAUUAAACAAACGCACAUGAUCAUAUCCGAAUUACAACAAAAAGUUAGAAUCCUGAUGAAUCAAGUGGAAAUUAUAAAUAAAACGGAACACCCACCUAAAAAAAACAAACAAAAACAUACAGCAUAUACCCACAACCCGCAAAAAUAUGGAAGAUCGCAAAAAGUUAGAGGUCAGGCAGGUGGAACAAAAAGAACAAUAACAACCAGCUACAAAAAUAGGAAAUAAUAACAAUGUGUCAAACCAAGGAAUGCCGUCUAGUGGUAUCUCUAAACAAACGGUGUCAGCUGCAAUACUACAAUCUCAAACUAAGAAAAAGUGACUUAUAUUGACAUUGACGAUGACCACCAAAAAAUGAAGAUAAUGAGGAAUGGUAAUAUGCUACACACAGAAGACGGAGACGCGAUUUAGUAGUCGGAAAUAAUAGGAAAGGACCCAUAAAAGGCGUACCAAAAUAUGUAGAUCUUCAUGUUUAUCGAAUUGAUCCAGCUACAACUGAAGCGCAGAUGGUGAACCAGUUAAAGAAAACAUUGCCGGGAGUGAAAUGUGAAGCCUUGCCCUCCAAAUAUCCAGAGCAAUAUUCGUCUUUUAAGAUAUGUCUUUUGUUUAAUAAUUUUCGAGUCGCAAUGUUACCAGAUGUAUGCCUGAAGGUUUAUACAGACUGACAAAGGACAAGCCCGAAACAGCUUAGGUUUUUCCCCACAUCUGUUAUUAAUUAAUGUUAACACGAUCAAUUUAG